AUGAGACUUCGCCACCCCGAGACGGGACUAUGGCUCCUCGAAGAUGACGACUUCGUUGCAUGGAUUGACGGACGAAGUCCUAAGCUUUGGCUUACCGGCAUUCCUGGGGCGGGAAAAACGGUUAUAGCAUCUGUCAUCAUCGAAGAAGCGUGGAAGCAUGUCCAGAUCGGCAAAAUCGCAGUUGCGUAUUUCUAUUGCGACUACAAAGAGAAAAACAGCCAAGAUCCCACCAAGAUCCUCGGUUCCAUUGCCACGCAGCUCGCUCAGCAAAGCUUAGAAGCGUUUGAGCUACUCCGGAACCUCUACAAAGAAUGCCACCCCACAUCCCGUAUGCCAAGGUCUCCAGAGGCCUCUAUGUUGGUCACUGCCGUUCAAAAAAUGUGUGGAUUCUUCGACGACGUUUAUCUCAUCGUUGAUGGGUUGGACGAGUGCGGAGAUCACACACGCGAAGUUACCAGCUUACUCCGCCAGACAGACCAGCUCACUAAGAGCGGCAAAAGGGUGAAAGUUUCCCUGCUCUCAAGGUCGGAAGAGGUGAUUAGACAGCAACUGGAGACAGAUUUUGUUCAUGUCCAGAUUGCUGCUCGCAGCGAAGAUUUGAGGCUGUACGUUGCGGCUGAAAUGGAAAAUCGUAUCAUCGAUGGAAGGUUGGACUUAAGCAGUGCGAGUUUGAAAGAUGAGAUCUUGAAGGCCUUGGUUGAAGGUGCAGAUGGCAUGUUCCGCUGGGUAGCCUGCCAAAUGGACUACCUUUCCGAGCAAACAAACGAAUAUGACAUGCGAAGCGCGCUUAAGUCCUUACCUCCCAGUCUGGAUGCAAGCUACCACAGAAUCCUGGAGACAAUUAAUACUCGCUCCGCUCAGAUACAGACACUUGUCCAGAGGACGCUGCGAUGGCUCAUCUAUACCCAAGACAUACUAGGCGAGACUGAACUCCGUGUGGCUGUUUCAAUUUCGGAGGACAUGACUCAGGACGAUCCAACGCGGCAACCAACGAUUAGAGCCAUCAUGACCCAUUGUAGCAGCCUUGUCAGGAGGUCUUCAGACACAGCUCGUCUCGAGCUUGCCCAUUUUACCGUCAAAGAAUUCCUUACGACAGAGGCAAAGCUAGACAUUCCAGAUCUGGCUCCUUACAUCUUCACGAAAAAAGCUAGCAUGCUUGAAUUGGCCAAGGUGUGUGUAACAUACGCAACCUUCCCGGAGUUUGAUCAUCCCCUGUUCGGAGACUACGACCAAUGGCUAGCUUGGAUCGAUCAAUAUCCCUUCAGGAGAUUUGCCAUUGAGCACCUAGUUGAGUAUGCAGAGGAGCAAUGGUCAGAUCCUUUCAUCUUCGGUAAGAUGAAACAACUUUUCGGACCUCCAAACAACAUGCACUUUCUCCGGUUCGCGCAAGAUUACAUGCUCCUGGAGCUUGCAUACGCGUACCCAAGAACAGAUAGGAGAUUUCAACAAAUAUUACGCGCAUCGCGAGCAGUGAAAGAGUUGUAUUUGGCUGUUUCCUUUGAGAAUGCGCCUUUGUGCAACUGGCUCAUUGAGGGCGGAUGCUCGGUUAAUGACGUCAGUUUUCUCGGCUCACCGUUGCACUGGGUACUGUUGCAGGAACAGACUGUUGAGUUCCGAGUGUGGAGAGAGCUUGCCAACAAUCCAGACAACCCGAUACUGAGGAUUAACUCGAGGACUUUGGACGUGCUGAGUACCAUAGUCAAGGCGGGCGCAAAUGGUAAAUGCUGCUUCGUCGAUGCAGACAUAACCGAGCACUCGCUUCUGGCUCUAGUCCGAAACCCAUAUCAGGAGAAAUCUCGGGUCAAUGAAGUUGUUAGACUGCUGCUAUUAGCAGGGGCGCAGGCGGACGAAGAAUUCCUCGAAAUUAUGGACGAGGCCAAGCUGGUGAAUGUAAACUCAACAACACCCGAGCGUGGCGAGACUGCUCUGCACGUGGCAGUUGAGCAAGGGUCAAGCUCAUCAGCUAGGCACCUGCUGGACUACGGUGCUGAAAUCCAGACGAUCGGAAUGUUGAGGGAUGCACCAUCUACCACCUCGCAGCAAGACAAGGCAAUAUUGACGUCCUUCGCAUAUUACUGA